AUGGAUACCAAAACAGUUCAGGCUCAAUCUCAGGCCACCCCAAUAUACAUUCUUCGUGGACAUGCUUCUCCAAUUCAUGCCCUACACAUAUACAGCCAGAAUUUACGGCUUGUCUCCGGCGACGCCAAUGGCUGGAUCGUUGUCUGGGAUCUAGUCACUAAACGCCCUGUAACGGCAUGGAAGGCCCACGAGGGAGCCAUUUUGGAGGCGAGAGGCUUUAAUAUUGGUGAAGGUGCAACUGAGAUUUACACACAUGGCCGCGACCACAAACUAUGCGUGUGGAAGCUUAGACAAGAGGAUGAAUCUUUCCUGGAUAAGACGCUUCCGGUGGACGUGACCGAGUCGGUACAGUCAAGUAAAGUCCAGCCGUGGUUACUCCAUUCCUUGCCCGUGAAUGCGCUCAAUUUCUGUGCGUUCUCAAUGGAAUUUGUGAAUUCGGACGGGCUUCCCGGACUUCCAUCCCAAUCUGGCAAACCAGAGCACACUCUUUUUGCAGUACCCAAUGCCUUGGACUCUGGUGGAGUCGAUAUUUUCCACCUGCCAUCUGAGCGCAGGAUCAGUACUAUUCCUUCUGAUCAAUCGGUCAAAACUGGAAUGCUGAUGGCUGUAAAUCUCUUCGCCUCACCUUCUGGGGAUCUCUACGUCGCAUCAGCAUAUGAAGAUGGCCAUGUCAUGGUGUUCUUUCAUCGUGGAGCACUCAAAUCAGCCAGCUUUGAGCGUGAGUAUAUAAGCAACAACCCUUUGAAAUGGGACAAGGUUUAUGCUAGCCGCCUCCAUUCCCAGCCGGUCCUUUCAUUAGACGUCGCCCCCUCCCAUGGAUACUUCAUAUCUUCUUCUGCGGACGCUCUGGCCAUCAAGCAUCCUAUCCCUAGCAUAGGGUCUGCGGGUUAUAUACCUACAGCUGGCUACAAAGAAGAAUCACCCUUGAAAAUUGUCAACACGAAACAUUCGGGCCAGCAGGGCCUGCGGAUCCGAUCGGAUGGCAAGAUAUUUGCUACUGCAGGCUGGGACAGCAGGAUUCGGGUAUACUCGGGCAAGACCAUGAAAGAGCUGGCUGUGCUGAAGUGGCAUAAGGAUGGUUGUUAUUCUGUAGCAUUCGGGAGCACUGAAAGCUCGUCGGUGUCUUCAUCGCCUGUGUCUGCAACACAAGAACCCCGGGAGGCAGAUCAGGGCGUAGUAGCAGGACAGGCGGCUGUCGACGGACGCGACUACUCUCUUGCAACAGUGCAGCAGCAACGGAAUCAAAAAGUACAACAAACUCAUUGGCUAGCGGCUGGGUCUAAGGACGGGAAGAUUUCAUUAUGGGAUAUCUACUGA